AUGGCCUCGCCGAGAUGCUUCUUCCUAGACCUACCUUGCGAAAUUCGUCUCGACAUCUACGCCCUUCUCCUUCUCAUCCACCCUCCCCUAGAUAGAGUCGGCCCGUCCUCGCCGCAAGCACGGCUCCAUCCCGCAAUCCUUUCCACAAACCGGCAAAUCCAUACAGAGGGGACGCCCAUUCUCUACGGCAGCAAUGUAUUCCUCGCGCACACCAAACUUCUCGCCUCCUUUCCGCGUCUACGGCCAUGGUACUCGCCCGUCCGGGAGCGCUCCGUGCUCCCCCGCAUCCGCCGCUUCCACAUCCGGCUGCGGCUAGACUGCGACCUGGCGUUUGAUGCCGCGGCCGCGACGGCAGCAUUCAACGGCGUGGAUGAGCUCGUCGUCGAGGUGUGGCAGGCCGCCUUCCAGAGUGCGGACCAUAGUGCGCUGCGGGUGUUUGAGGAGGUCCGGGCAGUCAAGACUGUCAGGGUCUAUGGCAGCAUCACAGGGUUUGAGGACUAUGUGGACUGGCUUGAGGGUGUGAUGCGCCGCGGCGGUGAAAUCGAGGGCAGCAAAGACAUCAGUCUUGUCGGGACGAUGUCAUCUCAAAGUCGAAUCCCAUUUCUCGUCACUCCUGUACAGUCCAAGGCAUUGUGCAACCAGCAGACUCCCAUGCAUCCAGGAAGCUUCGGUCGCACGAGAUUGAGUCUUUCUAUACGAUCUGGAGUUGCCAGCUCAUACAGCAUCUAUACGAUUCGAGCUUUCCUAGCUAGCACGCAGCAAACGUCCCCCGGACCUCAUUACUGUGGUGGUCGCGCUCUCGUCAAUGGCGACAUCACACCCCGCGGUGACAACACUGGACUCCACUCCGCGCUCGCACCUGCUCCUCCACGGUCGCAGCACACAAAACUCCCUCCUACAGCAUACGAACCCAACGACUGGAGGUUUGCUGACUGCAUACCUCGACGAAAGGUGCCGGCGGGAAGGGAACGCAAGAAGGCUCAAAGAACAGUAUUCGGGCAUCUCACUGAGUUCAACAAACUCCGCUCAACCUCGCUUUCAGUAGCUAUAGUCGACAUGGCGUUCGAAUUUCUCCCCUUCCUAUCCGCCGUCUUUGGCUGGAUUUACUUUCUCUGCUGGUCCGGCUCCUUCUACCCGCAGCCUCUCCUCAACUUCCACAGGAAAACUACGGCCGGUACAACGGUCGACUUUCCCUUGAUCAACUGCCUAGGCUUCCUCGCCUACUUUGUCUCUAACGCCGCCUUCUACUACUCCCCCGUCGUCCGCGCCCAGUACGCCGCGCGCAACCACGGCCUCACCCCGACAGUCGCCUUCAACGACAUCACCUUCGCCGCCCACGCCCUACUCCUCUCCUGCAUAACCACCUCGCAGUACGUGCCCAAGCUCUGGGGCUUCACCCCCGCGCCGGGCACGAACCCUAGCCGCUUCAUCUCGGGCAUCGCCUCGGGCUGCAUCGUGGGCGUCGCCGUUGUCGGCCUCAUCGUCGCGUCCGCCCCGGGGGACGGCGACCCCGUCACGAGCUGGUGCGCCCUUGACGUCGUCUACGCCGUGUCCUACGUCAAGCUCGUCAUCACCCUCAUCAAGUACACCCCACAGGUCAUUACAAACUACCGCAACAAGUCCACAAAGGGCUGGUCCAUCUGGCAGAUCCUGCUCGACUUCUCCGGCGGCCUCCUCUCUGUUGCGCAGCAGGCAAUCGACUCCUACCUGCAGCGCGACUGGUCCGGCAUCACCGGUAACCCUGUCAAGUUCGCGCUGGGCAAUGUUUCCAUGGUGUACGACUUGGUCUUCAUGACCCAGCACUACAUCCUCUACCGCGGCUCUGACGGCAAGGCUGACGAGAGAGAUUCGCUUCUCCGUGCGGACGAUGAGGAGCAUCAAAGACUAGACUAG